AAGACAAACGAGCGGAGAAGAAACAAGCCGCGUUUACGCACCGCGCGCGCAAAAACGCGUCGUUAGUUUUUGCAUCCGACGUUUUACGGGAAUUUGUGAAUGAAAGCGGCCGAGGAAGAGGAGGCGGUGCAGGUUAAGUUGUAUCCAGUGUAUGGGUUGCUUUCUUUAAUGCGCAAAGAAAGAGGCGCGUUUUACCUCAUCGACCGAAGCCCUUACGUCGGGCAGACUUUUGUGCUGUUCUGAGGGGGGAGAGCUGCAAACUUUUUUCAUUUUAAAAAAUAAAUAAAAAGCUCAGAUUGCAUUCUUUCCCCCUUCAAACAUUUUGGAGGUGAUGUCAUCGGCCCGUGUUUUGGCUGCUGUUGCGCUGGAGCUCCAGAAUUGAGUCCGGGAAAUCAGGUGCAGGGAGCUGCUGUCGCGGGUGGCUGCGAGCGUGUGCCUCAGUCUCACCCCUCCGCCUUUCCUUUCACUUUCCCCCCCUCAUCAUCUCAGCAGCCAUGACCGAGCGCGCUCCACGGGACCCGGGGUCCAGCUCGCCGCCGCUGCGUCUUCAUCGCUCCAUCCCCGUCCAGGUGCUUUGCCUCCCGCGGCGCGUCAUUUCGCCCGUGGCGGAUCAGCAUUGACACAGACUCUCUCGCGUGCGCAUGCACUCCACGGAAUUAAUCAGUUUUAAUCCUUAUCUGUGGAAGGACAUUUUCAGCAGGAAAAGUUACGGUGGGACUGCUUGGAAACCUUUGGAAAGUUUUUAUGAGCGGAAACUGCGUAUAGGUUUGGGUCGCGUUUGAACUUCGAUUCACCUGUUCGUCAGACUCCGGAGGAUUCAGCUGCGCCCCGCCUCGCCUCGCCCCGCCCCCCUGCCCGUUACCGACCGCGGACCGCAGCCAUCCGUAACGGCGGUGGUGCGCUCACACCCCGCUGACCCCGAGCCGCCCGUUGAUGGUGAAAAGAUGCAGUCCACCGGCGCCAGCGGGAACGUCCGCCGACCCUGCAUUCAAACGGAUUAAACAAACCGGACAGACGUGAAGCCGUGACCCGGAGAGCCGUUUCUCAAGCGCGCACGGAGCCACGCGGACGCGGAGGAAGCGAUGUGGGCCUUUCUCUCCACGGUGGCUGUCUUGUAUAUCCAGAUGAUGCUGGUCAUGUGUAAUCCUCUACAGGUGUUUGGAGUGGAUGGGGUGAACUUUAGUGUGCACGUGGAGAAUCAGACUCGUGCGCGAGACGCCAUGAGCCGGCGACAUCAUCGCGUGUACCAGCUAUACAGCCGCACGAGUGGCAAACACGUCCAGGUGCUCGGACGCAAGAUCAGCGCCCGCGGAGAGGACGGAGACAAAUAUGCCCAGCUCGUAGUGGAGGCAGACACCUUCGGCAGCCAGGUGCGAAUCCGAGGGAAGGAGACCAACUAUUACCUGUGUAUGAACCGCAGGGGAAAGCUCGUAGGCAAGAAGGCCAGCAAUCGUAGCGCAGACUGUGUCUUCAUAGAGAAGGUUCUGGAAAACAACUACACGGCGCUAAUGUCAGCGCGCUACACAGGGUGGUACGUGGGCUUCACCAAAAGAGGGCGCCCUCGCCGUGGUCCGCACACGCUUCCCAACCAGCAGGACGUCCACUUCAUGAAGCGCUUCCCGCCCGGAGAGCAGCCGGACUUAAUGCCGUUCCGCUUCACCACCGUCAGCAAGAGGAGCAAGAGAGUGCGUGCCGCGCGGCCACGCUAACGCGCACGCCAAUAUCCCACUGCUAACGUUUACAUGAGGACUAGGAAUCAACAAAAAGACAGUCCUACUCCCACAGUCCAGUGAAAAUGACACUGCUAAUGCAAAGCAGGACCGUCUUGUCUUGUUUGACCAGGCAUCGCUUUAUAUUCCACUGGGUUGGACCUCUACAGCCCUAAUAAUAAAUACUAGCUAAUUUACACCAGAGCUGCGGUUCACGACAGCUCACUUCUGCCACGGAGAUGACUAACCAAAGCAAACACAAGCAAACGGCCGGCCCAGCGCUCGGGCGGAGGAAGCGUUAGGCUGGACAUCCAAUGAAGACACAAAACACAACCACGUUGGCCUGUAGAAGCUGAUCGUGUUGCAAUUUUCCUAAGACGAGACUUGGACGUGAUCCCGCCUGAGGGAGAGGAGCAGAUAUACCUGAAGAAUGAAUGAAAGAAAGAAAGACAUGGACAUCCAAGAGAGAAACAGAGAUAGAGCUACUGUUAUAUGGGAGUGCUCCUUGGAUAAGACACGGUCAGCCAGAAAUGGAAACUUGGGCAUCGUUUACUCACCUCAUGUCACUCUAAACUCGUAUGCGGUUAUUGUGUCUCUUUUUUACUCAACGGUUUAUAGUGAUCAUGUUCGUCGAG